AGAAAUUCUUCCCAUCAUGCCUGGUGUCGUUCCACCAUCAUGGGAAUCACAUCUUUGUGAUCUUCCAAUGGUCAACUCCGGUUUCAAACGCUUCGUACGCGCUCCAUGAAACCAGUGCUCAGUGGAUCAAGCACCGAGAUUCUUAUGCAACUAAAAAUAUGCCCUCACCGUUUACGGUUUCGCGAAGGGUUCCGCACUUCUGAGGGUGUUAGUAUUAAAAUCUGUUCCAUCCGGACCCAUGGCGUUAGGACCUGGUCUUGUUGCUUCGUUAUGAAGAUUUCACUAAUCUGCCUCGGUUUCGCUGCCAGCUUGCUCCUCGUAGCUGGUUUGGACCUUCAGAGAAGGGAUGCGCCUCCCGGGACACUACAAGUUCCUAUUUCGGUUGACAGCAACAAGAAAAAUUCUGUCCAUGUGAAUAUGUCCCCCGGCCCUCGAUCACAGAACUUCACGUUUGUGCUCAGUUUUGGAACGGGAUACACUGUUGUCGCAGGAACGGCAUGCGAUACUUGCGAUGGUGUUACGCCAUAUAACCAAAGCGCAUCUACGACUGUUGCUCAGCUACCCGGCAGCCAAAAUGUUUCCAUUGUAAAUGCAACUGCAGGAGGGAAUCUCAUCACGGAGGACUGCAGCCUUAGGCUGAGCAAUGGAUCUGGCUGGUUCUAUCCUAAUCAAACCAUUAUCCUUGCCAAUCAAUCUGAUUCGCUAUUUUCACCUGGACACUCUGGAAUCAUCGGUCUUGGGACUAACGCUAGAGAUGGCAAUUUUGACGCUACCGUCUAUGGUGGCUGGCUGUCAAAGAACCCGUCUCAAACAAACUUUAGUUUUGGAAUGGCGCUCAAUCAAGCACCGGAUGAUACUCAGUCUAUAGCAUCUGACUCGGACUCAAACGGUGGUGUAUUCCAUUGGCUCGAACCGGAUCCUUCGUAUUACGACGGGGACGUUGCAUGGAAGAACAUGGUUCCAUUUAACUCUAGCAGUCUCGUGGCGGAUUUCCAUAUAACUAUGGAUAGCUGGACAUUCUCGACAUCUUUGGGGAAUAGUUCGCAAAGUGGAGAUCUGGUCACGCUCAUUGAUCCAAUGUUCUCCACAAUGACCUUUCCUCAAGGAGCGGCAGCCCUCGUGUAUGCCGGUGUUCCGGGAGCUUCAGUCGUGGCCAAUACUUCGAUUACCAACAUAUGGGGUGUACCUUGCCUGUCCAGAACGAAUCUCACACUCACGUUUGGGGAUCUCUCGGUUGUAAUCGACGAAUCAGUUUUGGUCCGAAAUCAAGGCGGGGAGUGUUUUGGUGCCAUUGAAGAAUGGUCCUCGCCGUUGACCACGGAGUACCUUUUAGGAUCCAGUUUUCUCUCUUCAGUUUAUGUAAUCUUUAUCGUAUCCAGCGCGUCUGAUGGUAUGGUCGGAUUUGCGCAACGGGCCGGUAACGCAAAGUCAAAAGGACUGAAUGCGGCCUCUAUUGUUGGCGUCGCUCUUGGAUCGGCCGCUUUUGCUAUUGCUGUCAUCGUAGUCGCAGUAUUGAUUUAUUGUGCUUGGCGUAGGCGAAGACGGGUCGCGGCUGAUAGUGUCAUCGCUCCUUACACCCCAAAAACACCUCUCUCCAGUUCGAUUUCGACGUCGACGCCUCUAUCUCCGGAGAUAGUAACAUCUUAUACACCAGUUUCAACCGAUUACGGCUAUUCCUUACCCGCUACGUCGAACCGCUCGGAGUCGCCCACAAUCCAUGGAUUGCCAGAUCAUCCGCCGCCAUACUCUGGACAAGGUGGCGGACUCAUACAAGUUGUGGAAAGGUGGCGACAAGAUGAAAAUCCUGCUGUUUACAUUGGACCACCUCCUGGAGGCAAGCGUAUUAAGAAUACUUCCUCCACGGUUGUGAACACGACGUGAAUCUGAUGUAUGUUCCAUUUUAUGCAAUUUCUGUCAGAUAAGUCUUUCACAGUUUAAAGUACCAGUAAAAAAUUACAUUUUAAUUCUCGUGAUUUUGGGGCUAUAUCACCAUGAUCUCAAAAGAGAGAAUAGAUGUUUCCAGUCCGAGUCCAGAAAGCCCGAACGUGUGUACUAUCCACGUGCCCUUUGGGGCUG